GGAAGUCCGCCGUGAGCUCUGGUUCCGGCGGCGGCGCGGGGGCGGCCGGGAGCCCGGCCUCCGAUGGCCGUAGGUCCCGUCCGGGUGGCCGCCGGGGCCUGCCGCCGAGGUAAGCGCGACACCGGCCUUGCAGGCAUGGCCCCUCUGGCGGGGGCCGGGGCUGUGCUCGCCGGCGCGGCCGCUGUGGCGCUGCUCUCGGCCGCGCUCGUGCUCCGCGAGCUGCCGCUGGACGCAGUUUUACAAAGAGCAUUUUCACUGCAUAAAGCACAUUCGAUAAAGGAUAUGGAAAAUACUUUGCAGCUGGUGAGAAAUAUUAUACCUCCUCAAACUUCCAAGAAGCACAAAGGCCAAGAUGGAAGAAUAGGCGUCAUUGGAGGCUGCCAGGAGUACACUGGAGCGCCCUACUUUGCUGCCAUCUCAGCUCUCAAAGUGGGCGCAGAUUUAUCCCACGUGUUCUGCACCCGGGAGGCUGCGCCUGUGAUCAAGUCGUACAGCCCGGAGCUGAUUGUUCACCCAGUUCUCGACAGCCCCGGCGCCGUUCAUGAUGUGGAGGAGUGGCUGCCCCGGCUGCAUGCCCUGGUCGUGGGACCCGGCCUGGGUCGAGAUGAUACUCUUCUCGAAAACGUUAAGGGCAUUUUAGAAGCAGCCAAGGCCAGGGACAUCCCCGUCGUCAUCGAUGCAGACGGGCUGUGGCUGAUUGCUCGGCACCCAGCCCUCAUCCAGGGCUACCGGAAGGCCGUUCUCACUCCCAACCACGUGGAAUUCAGCAGACUCUCUGAAGCUGUGCUGAGAGAGCCUGGGAACGGCAGCGAUCGAGAAGCUGUGUGGAGACUCAGCCAGGCCUUGGGGAAUGUGACCGUGGUCCGGAAAGGGGAGCGGGACGUGCUCUCGGACGGUGAACAGGUGCUCGAGUGUGCCCAGGAGGGCAGCAGCCGCAGGUGUGGCGGCCAGGGAGACCUGCUGUCGGGCGCCCUGGGUGUCCUGGUGCACUGGGCACUGCUCGCCGGACCCGAGAAGACAAAUGGGUGCAGCCCUCUCCUCCUGGCUGCCGUGGGUGCGUGCUCUCUCACGAGGCAGUGCAGCCACCAGGCCUUCCAGAAGCAUGGCCGCUCCACCACCACCACCGACAUGAUUGCGGAGGUCGGGCCUGCUUUCCACAGACUCUUUGAAGCCUGAGCUGAGGCACCGGGAAGCAAGCAGCACACGGACCGGGAGGCUGUGUUUGUCCAAGAACCCAUGUCCUGUGUCCCAGUCCUCGGACUAACAGAGCAACGUGGUCCGUGGGUGGAUUUUUGGCUGCAUGUGGAGCUGGAGAUGUUACAGUGACACCAAACCAAGUAUCCCUGAAGUUUUCUUAGCUGCUCAGCAGGAAACGAGGCGCUGAAGCUUUGUGUGCGCUCUGGGACCACGGGCCCUCUGGGCUCAUUUGUCCCCCUCCUCCCUACCCACGUGCUUCCCGUGUGUCUGCGGUGGAUGCCCCUCACAGGGAUCCUGUCGAUCCUGUUAAAAAAAGCCUCUUGUAGCUAUUUUGAACACUGAUUAGGUUGAAAUUGGGCAGAAAUAGUAAGCAUUAGUGGUUGUGCUUAAUUGAAAUAUUUCAGAACAAUCAGUGAUCGGUUUUUUGGAGGAAACAAGACACUGAGCCCAGAGCACGUGGGUGGGGCUCUGGGAUACCCGCGGCUCUGCCCUCUCCUCUGUGUGCAAGCACCCGAGUCCGUGGUGGCAGGAAGCACGCCCGGGGGAGUCACGGAGCCCUCGUUUGGGAUGUGGCCCAUCCGUGUGCUCUUGGGAGGAGGCAGACAAAGCUGGACAUUUGGAGGGCACCCGAAUGGGGGGACUGAACACUCGUUGAAAGUGGGUGUGUCCUCAGGAAUAGAUUCUGUUAAAGAAGUGCUGUCUGCGAGAUGCCUUGUUAGCCUCUGGUUGGCUUCUGGAUGGUGCUUUGGGUGGAUGGUUUUCUCUGCGGCCAGAGAGCUGCUUCUCGGUGUCUUUUUCCCUAGGGUCGGUUCCUGCACUUGUAAGUACUUCUGUAGGUUUCACGAUGCUUUCUACAAGGACCAGACCUGUGUGGAUCCCUUAUGUCCUUCUUGGCUGAUGCUCUGAAUCAGAUGGCCCCCCACCCCAAACCGAUUCUACUUUAAAACCAGAUUUCUUAAAAUGUUUGCCACUCUUGUUUCAUGUAAUUGAGACGCGUCACUGUAUUUUGUUUUGGGAAAUUACAUCUAAAUUCUGGUAACCAUUAAAAGGCAAAUCUGAUUUCAA